CGAGCUGUACACUUUAGUUGGCUGUCGAUAACGUCGGGGAAUACCAUUGUUAAACGCACAUAGUUUGCGCAUGCGUAUUGUCAUUCAUUGUCAUUUGAACCUAUAAUCUCGCCGUGGCCGGUCCAUAUGUUAUCAGUAGGUGCAUAUUUAUAUUUAGACGUUGUCCAAGUUGACUAACGCUACGGUAAAAAAAAACGCGUGAGGACUUUAUUUGAGUUUGUCUUUUGGAACUACAUUUCCCGUUUUUUCUUUCCCUCAGCUGUUCGGUUUUACGACGUGUCGUAAAACGAGUCUGUUAACCGCAAGCUAAACCGAGAUGGACACCGCCAAAGACGCCUGACACACUUCUUUUUUUAUUUUUUUAGGGUCUUAAUCCUCUACAUUAAAAAUGUUAAAAUGCUGAUGUAGUGGCGCCGAGUUUCCGCGCACUGUGACAAAUGGAGGCCAUGGAAGAUGACAGUUUGGACACGAAAGACGACCAUAACCACAACUAUUGUGCGAGCGGCAGCGGCGGCAGUAGUAGUAAAGUCUGCACGUAUCUGAGCAGCCAGCUCUCGGACGUAACCACGGUCUCACAGUCCGCCUGUCCGCCGGUGCCGGGAGGAGAACCCGAGACUCGGCGAGGGAAACUGUGGUCCGGCAGCACCGGGUCAAAGUUCAUGGACUCGGAUUCAGGCAGCGAGAGCAGCGAAGUCAGCGAGACCGACUGCACGGCUCCGCCGGCCGCUGUCGAGGGGAAAUUCAGCCUCGAUUCCACUUCCAAGUUCCUUCUUAAUGCGAUGGCUGUGGAAGACUACCGCAACAACCACUGGCCAAACCUGGAGAAGGCAAUAGACCGUCUGCUGAUCCAGAAUCCCACAGACCACAUCUCUGUUUCUUAUGCACAGAUAUACAGCUACGUCUACAAGUGUGUUUGUCAGCAGCACUCUGAGCUGCUCUACGCCGAUUUGACGUUGAAGAUAACAAAUCAUCUACAACAGGUUUCCACUCAUCUCCAAGCCAGCCCACCCGAGGACUUCAUCGAGAACUUCAAUGUUGCGCUGACGCAAUACACAGCUUCUCUUCAAUGUAUAGUUCCUGUCUUUAUGUACUUGAACAAGUUCUACAUCGAGUCCAAGCUGAACAGAGACCUACGGGAGGAUCUGAUGAAGCUGUUCGCCGACCACGUCGCGGAAAUCCACGUGAACACGCUGAUGCCUCUCCUCAUCAAGGCACAUUCCAUGCCGUUUCAAGUGCAGCCAUCCACCAUGGCCAGUGUGGUUAAAGGCCUCCACAGCCUCCGACCAGACUGGGCGCAGUUAGCCCCGGCUCUCUUCUCUGGGUUUAUUCCCCAAAUAAACCCUCCCGCUGUGGAGUCUCUGCUGCCCGACUAUGCCGCUCAUGACCAGAAGUUACAGCUGGAGCUCUACAUGAACGGAUUUCCUCGGGGCGACCAGUCUCGUAAAAGGGCCAGCGAGGACUCCUGAUAGCAGAGCCGGCCGCCGCCACCGGAUUGGUUGCAGGACUAUUACUGUGCCUCCUACAUCUUCACCACAAGCCGGCUUACUGCACGAGCUACAAUGUUGACUAUGUGUCAGUUUUAUCUCUCGACUCGAAGGUUACAAAACAAUGUGGAAAGAAAAAAAAAGAAAGAAAAAAAAACAGAACACGAUGCCGAGUUGCAUAGCAGAAGCUUAAUCUUACUGCACUGAGAAAAAAAACAAAAAAAAGCACACAGACUUCAAUGGUGGUGCUUCUUUCCUCUGUGAUUCUGACGCGUCAGUAUUUUGUGGGAGGCGGAGGUGGGUGUCUUCACGUUCUCCUCGUCUGAAGAGUGCCUUCACGGUGCCUUCUGAUCGGAUAUCCCAACGAUGGAUAAGCUGAUGGGUAUUUCAUUCCUAACCUUUUAACAUGGAAGUGUCUUUUUGAUAUUCUGGGCUAAUCAAGACUUUCUAUUGCUGCUAAUAGUACUGUUCAUGUGAUAAUACUACAGCUCCCUUGGCUCCACCCACUGUGGCUUCACUCAACACAAAUGAGUGUGAAGGGAUGUGAGAACAAAGGAGGGGUGGGGGACCAUCGACCUCAACUAUGAUUCUCUUCUUCAUGUUGCCUUUACUGUGUUGGUAAACCGGAUUGUAUUUUCCCGUUACGCCAAAGAGGAUUUGCUGUUUUUCUUUCAAAUAUAUAUAAAAUGCAUUGGAGUCAUGCUGACAUUAUUAAUGUUGCAUACCGUCUGAGCCACUGAGCCAUUACAUUUUUUCAAAACUAGCAAGUUUUGAGCUUACAUUGGUUGACCUGUUUGUUUGUUUGUUUGUUUGGUUCGACUUGACUCAAAUUCUAACUAGAUAUCACUUGUCUGUUAGCCUUGCAUGUAGGAUUGGUAGGGAUUGCCACGAAGGGCAUUAUUACACUGUUUGCCAGACAGCUUAAAUGACCACAGAGUGAGAGUUUGACUUUCCUGGAUCGCCCCUGAACUGUAAAUAUAUCAAACCUGAUGCUUGGAUGCAUGGCGUUUACAGAAGUCGUUAUAUGCAAAUAUUGUUUGGCCGCUCGAGUUUGGCACGCUCGUGCAUUAAAUGUUCCUAACAUGUGUGUAGAUGCGUUUUGGUCUUUGCAAAGUGGUCAGUGUCAACCAGCCUUUGUCACGGAUGCAUUUUUGUAAACGAUUCACUUGAAUGGAAGUGUUUGAUACACGGUCUUACACUGUUUUAAGUGUAAAUAGAUGCUCAGGCUUUCUUUUUUUUCCGUUUCCAUCUGUGGGUUUUGGAAAUGCUUCUCGUUGUCUUUUCAUGUAAACUCAUUUCAUGAAUUCUGGGUACACGGAGGUGGUUUUGUUUUUCACUGUCUUAACAAAACGUUGUUGUCCUAAAUAAGAAGGCAUUGUGAUCAAAAGUAUGUGUAGAAGACAGUCCGACUCGUUGCAGAUGCCAAAAUGUUGUUGUUGUUGAUGUACUGUGUGACUUUCUCUCUAACAUGCUGCAACAAAUGUCCAUGUUGAAACAACUGAACAGCUGUGAAUAAACUUCCACUUUGGUCAAA